AUUCUUUCUGGGCUCUUCCCUGCCUGAAAUUUGGUUGCUGGGGGUUUUUAAAAAGCAAAAUCCUUGAUUUUUGGCUCUUUAAAAGCCUCAUACUACAGUGAAUAUCGUACGUAUAGCAUUUGUGGAGGUUUGCUUAUUUGUUUGUAUUAGCGUCUCGUAAACAAUGAGAGAAGAACACCCAUCAGAGAACCGGACGAAAGUGUCGAAGUUCGCCGAUCAAAAUCAGAUUCCAAAGCCUCCGAAUACCAAAGGAAACAGCCACCCUUCAAGGCUCCGGUCCGCUUCUUCGUGGGGAUCCCAAAUAGUAAAGGGCUUCUCAGCGGACAAGAAACCCAAGGCGCAGCAGGCGACGGUUCAAACCAAGAAACAUCCGCUUACCAACUCCGACGCCGUCAAUCAGAAGAACGCGUUUGUGCCAUCCCAUGCACGCGUCAAGCGGUCGCUAAUCGGGGAUUUGUCGUGCUCGGUGACUGCCGCUCAAAUCCACCCGCAAGGGUACCAAACGCAUCGGAGACAAUCUUCCCGCGAUUUGUUUGUCGAACUAGAUCAUCUGAGAAGCCUGCUGAAAGAAUCAAAGGAAAGGGAAUUCAAGCUACAAGCUGAACUGUCAGAAUGUAAGAGAAACCCAAAAAUUUUGGAACUUGAAAGGGAACUAGAAGUGAAGAAGAAUGAAGUCGAUGAUCUAGUUCGGAAAGUUGAGUUGUUACAAGCAGAAAAGGCGAGCCUUUCUGAGCAGAUUUCAUCAUUAACUUUGAUUUCGGAAAGGCAUGAGCAGGUGUCUCGAGGAGAGGACAAUGAGAAUUCGAUAGCAUUGUCGUCAGAGAGUCUUGAAAUGGAGGUUGUGGAGUUGAGGCGCCUGAACAAGGAGCUGCAGCUUGAAAAGAGGAACCUUGCUUGCAGGCUUGCUUCUUUGGAGUCUCAAUCGGCUUCUCUUGCUAAGGUUUCUGAGAGUGACAUUGUUGCAAAAAUUAAAGCGGAAGCAUCUUUGCUAAGACACACAAAUGAAGAUCUGUGCAAACAAGUUGAAGGACUUCAGAUGAGCAGAUUGAAUGAGGUUGAGGAGCUUGCCUACUUGAGAUGGGUGAAUUCAUGCUUAAGGAAUGAGUUGCGCAAUUCAUGCUCAACAGCAAACUCUGAUAAGUCAUCCAGUCCCCAUUCAAUUGAGAGGAGUGGUGAACUUGUCGGAUCAUUGUCUUCCCAAAGCCAUGAGUACUUAGAAUGUACGAGUGCAAAGAGAUUAAACCUGAUAAAGAAGUUAAAGAAAUGGCCUAUUACUGAAGAAGAUAUGCCAACUUUAGAAUGCCCAGAUAAAGUUUUGGAUGAAAAUUGGGUAGAUUUGGAGGAAAUGAGUAGUCCCAGGAGAAGGCACUCCAUAAGUGGAGCCAAAUGCUGUCCCGAAGAGCUGGCAUCAAGUAGGAGAAGACAAUCUGAUUGUUUUACAUGUACAAAAGACAUGGAAAAAGAAGUAGAGCCAUUAGUUUCUCAAAAAUAUGAUUUAGGUAUAGCUUAUAGACCACAAGUUUUUGGCAAUUGCCAUGAAGGCAAUAAAAUUUCAGCUUCUCUAGAUGUUGAGAAAAGGGCCUUGCGUAUUCCAAAUCCCCCUCCAAGGCCUUCAUGUUCCAUUUCUAGUGGACCUACGGAUGAGGGUUCUGCUCAAAUUCCACUGCCACCGCCACCACCUCCACCUCCCCCACCACUUCCCAAGUUUUCUGUGAGAAGUACUGCAGGAAUGGUCAAGCGAGCCCCACAAGUAGUUGAGUUUUACCAUUCACUCAUGAAGAGAGAUUCUAGAAAGGAUUCUUCAAAUGGUGGAAUGUGUGAUGCCCCAGAUGUUGCAAAUGUUCGUAGCAGCAUGAUUGGGGAAAUUGAGAACCGAUCGUCACAUUUGCUUGCUAUUAAGGCAGACGUUGAGACUCAAGGAGAAUUUGUAAAUUCAUUGAUAAGAGAGGUGAAUAGUGCAGUUUACCAGGACAUUGAAGAUGUUGUGGCAUUCGUGAAGUGGCUUGAUGAUGAACUUUGCUUUCUUGUGGAUGAAAGGGCAGUCCUCAAGCACUUUGAUUGGCCAGAGAAGAAAGCUGACACAUUGCGAGAAGCAGCAUUUGCAUAUCGAGAUCUUAAGAAAUUGGAGUCUGAGGUGUCUUGUUACAAAGAUGAUCCUCGAUUGCCAUGUGACAUUGCACUAAAGAAAAUGGUUUCAUUGUCAGAGAAGAUGGAGCGUAUUGUUUAUAACCUCCAUCGAACGAGGGAUUCAUUGAUGCGUAAUUGCAAAGAAUUUCACAUUCCCACAGAUUGGAUACUUGAUAAUGGUAUCAUAAGCAAGAUAAAAUUUGGCUCUGUCAAGUUGGCAAAUAAAUACAUAAAGAGGGUAGCUAUGGAACUUCAGUCAAAGGCAGCUCUAGAAAAGGAUCCUGCAAUGGACUAUAUGCUCCUUCAAGGAGUGCGAUUUGCGUUCAGAAUUCAUCAGUUUGCAGGAGGAUUUGAUGCGGAAACAAUGCAUGCGUUUGAGGAACUUCGCAACCUUGCACACCUUCUUAACAAAAAGUAAAGAUAGUAAGGAGGGCAGAGAACAAACAAUCAUGGCUUACCAUCUCAGUGAGCUCAAAUUCAAAAUUUCAGUGUGUAUUCUGGUUUGUGCAGUGUGACUGUGUGGCUUGCCUUAACUUUUGGCUGGAAGAAAGGCUUGGUGUGAGAAACAGAAAUGUAUUUAGUCUUGAGUUUAUCUCAUACUAAGAUACAGAUGUGUAAAAAUUUUGAUGAGUGCAUUGCUCUAUGGUUAUGUUACACAAAAAAAUUGCUAGCUAUAUGCAUGUGGAGAUUAUGCAACUCCUCUCUCCUCUCUUCCCUUUGCCUGGCACAUACAACUUCGUGCAUAUGCUUUGAACACAUGAACUUGUCGAUCUUAAUGGUUCUUUUCGGUUUGGAUUUCAUAAUAGGUGGAUGGUUAAGGUGUUUUUCAGUGUGUAUAAAACUGAGUCUGUGUCUUGUCAGUAUUGAUUCAUACAGUUUAUGGUGCAAGAAAGAAUCAGAAUCGGUUAGAGUCGAAGUUUUU